AUGUCAACCCCCACAACCUCCGUCACAGUCCGCGACUUCCUCACCGACCGCCACGGCUUCACGCUCCCCUCGACACAUCCGUACCUCGCAUCCUACGACGCCACGCUGGCGCAUACAUCGCGUAGCUUGUUUAGGCAUCCCAAGGCCUUCGCUGUACACUUCCACAAGAGUGUGAACGAGAAUGAUUGCGCAGAUGCCAUAAGCAGGGAGGACUGGGCGGCUGUGGUUCGGGGGAAAGGUGUGAAUGAGGGAAGUGGGGAUCGAAAGACGGUGUGGGCGCAUUUUGUGAGAAGGGAAGGCGUGGAUUUAUUUGGGGAGCUGCUAGGCAAGGGGGUGGAGGAGGGGAAGAAGGUUGGCGGACGGUCGAAGAAGGAGGGUGGCGUUGCGAGGUCGAUGCAGAAGAGGAAAAGGAAGAGGAGGAAGGUGGAGGUGCUGGGCUGGGAGGGAUAUAGCUUGCCGCCCCCGAAUGUGGGCAGAUGGGAGUACUUCUCGAGGUAUACGGAGAUUGUACCGCUUUGUGGGGGUGGUGGUGAGGUGUCGACGACAGCCACUGAGACACGGAUCGCUCCGCCUUUCCCUGGGUUCCAGUACUCGGUGGCUGACAGUACGACUAUGCGUGCUAUACAAGGGGAUAAGUCGCAAAGGAUUACUAGCGAGAGCCCACUAUUCGAGCCGGAGGUGGAGGUCAAGCGAGAGUUACCGCCUGAGAUUUUCCUCGAUGAUGGAGGCGUGGAGUGGAAUGAUAGGGGUUGCUGCUAG